AUGUUGGGCAGGCUCUGCGCCGUCCUGGCGCCCGUGACCGCCCUCUGCCUCACCGUUGACCCGUUGCGGGCGGCGGCUGCGUCGGGGGAGCCUCUGGCUCUGGGUGCGUCCGACGCGGAGGGCGGCGCGGCGGCUGAGCGGGGCGGGGCGGGCGACCCCGGCGAAGCCGAGCCGCGUCCCGCCCUGACCAAGAAGCAGAGGCACCAGGAACAGGCGCGCGCCGCGGCAGAGAGCCACGCGAAGGCGAAGGGCGGCGGCAGGAAGACAAAAAAAAACCGCGAAGAAGUCGCGACAGUUUUCCCUCGCAGUCGCGACCGCACAGCCGCAGCUGCAGCAGCGGCCGCAGCAGCCGCGGCCGCGGCAAGAAGAGGAGAGGGUCGAAUGGCGAGGAGUCAGGAUCGAGAACAUCGCUGA